AGUCCUCUAUAUACUUCAAGUUGUUUUAGUAGUAGUUGAAAACAAAAUCAGCAAAUCUGGUUCAAUCAUAACAACCCUGAUCUCUUCAAGAGGAAAAUGACAGAGGAAAAUAGUCUUCUAUCAUCCGUGAAGGUGAAAGACCUGAUAGCAGCUUUCGAAAAUAAAAAAUCAUCAACUUCCGACUACCCAAGACCAAGAGCAAGAUCCUUAGGUGACCUCUUAUCCAAAAAUGUUGUAGUAAGACUAAACCAAUCGAAUACAUUCGAAGACAUCGAAGAAGCUUUGAAGCAAUUCGAUAAAAAACUCAGUCAAUACGAAUCUUACAAGAAGGAACAACACGUGACUCUGCAAAAUGAAGUUUUCAAUAUCUUGACCAGCAUUGUGAGUGUCAAGAGUGAUGAAGAAAAGAAGAGAUAUUUGAUAACUAACACGCAAAGAUUCGUUGCUCUUUUGAACAAAAAAUUACCUUCAAACAACUCGACAUCAUCAUCAGAUGAACACAAAUAUAUCACUUAUGAUCGAUACAGACUUGGUAAAACAACAAGAGGAGAUGAUAACAAAGCUUCUGAAGAACCAAGAGCAAGUGUGAACAAUGAAGAAGAAGUUAUCUCUAUUUCGAAGCUGAGACAACAUUAUGAACCAAGAGUGACUGAUGAUGCUAAGAACAAACGAAUGUCAAUAACGAAUGAAGAUGCAGCAGAGACUGGUACUUCUGUACAAGAAGAGGUUGUUUCUAUCACAAAGUUGAGAGAACAUUUUGAACCAAGAACCAAGGACGUGAUAGUCAAACAAAGAACGUUCAAAAGUGAUUUUUCUUUAUCACUUCGAAAGCCUGAUAUGGUUGAUAGUCCGAUCAAAACAGAGAGCAGAUUGACUACUACCAGGCAACCUUCGGUAGAAAGUCCAAACGAGCCGGUGUCUGUAUCGAAGUUGAGGAAUUUAUUCGACAAGGAAAGACAGUCUGAAGGACUAGGUGGAAUAUUGAGGACUGAACAUACCAAAUUCAAAUUCCGUGUCAUAAUUCCUUACAACGCUAGAAGAGAACCUGUCAGAACUCCGCAAAACAGUCGGGGUAUAAGAAUCGUACGAACAACUCCAGAAGAAGAACCUGCUGAUUCGGAAUCAAGUAACGUUAGUGAUUCCGAUCUGGAUGACGAUUCGUCUGAUGAACAUUCUACGAAGACUGGCGAAUUGAGAAUCCAAGAAAUUGCACUAGAACACAGCACAGACACAAGCACAGAAAUCAUCAAAGGUCCUUCGAAUAAUGAUUCUGAUGAGGUUCGAUAUGGAGAGCCAAUAGUUGUGUCAGUUGGGGCUUUUGGAUAUGUUGAAGGAAACCAAGAAAAGUUCAGUGGGAAAACUCCUGAUGAACUAAUUUCUAAGAAGACUGGCGACUUGGAAAUCGAGGAAAUUUCAUCAGAAAACAGCACAGAAAUAAUCUCAGAAAUCAACAAAGGUCCUUCGGAAAAUGAUUCUGAUGAGGUUCGAUAUGAAGAGCCAAUAGUUGUGUCAGUUGGGGCUUUUGGAUAUGUUGAAGGACACCAAGAAAAGUUCAGUGAGGAAACUUCUGAUGAACUCAUUUCUAAGGAGACUGGCGACUUGAAAAUCGAGGAAAUUUCAUCAGAAAACAGCACAGAAAUGAUCUCAGAAAUCAACAAAGGUCCUUCGAAUAAUGAUUCUGAUGAGGUUCGAUAUGAAGAGCCAAUAGUUGUGUCAGUUGGGGCUUUUGGAUAUGUUAAAGAACACCAAGAAAAGUUCAGUGAGGAAACUUCUGAUGAACUCAUUUCUAAGGAGACUGGCGACUUGGAAAUCGAGAAAAUUCCAUCGGAAAACAGCACAGAAAUAAUCUCAAAAGUUAUCAAAAUUACUUUGAAUGAUGAUUCUGAUGAGAUUGAAUAUGAAGAGCCAAUAGUUGUGUCAGUUGGGAACCAGUUUGGUUAUGUUGAAAAACACCAAGAAAACAGCAAUGGGGAAACUUCUGAUGAACUUUCUACGAAGGCUGGCGAAUUGGAAAUCGGAGAGAUUUCUUCGGAAAACAGCACAGAAAAGAACUCACAAAUUAUCAAAGGUCCUUUGAAUGAAUCGUCAGCUGAACUUAUUUCUGCGAAAAUGGUCGGAUCAGUAAAAGUCGAGGAAAUGUCAUUGGAAAACAGCCCAGAAACGAGCUCAGGAAUCAUCAGAGCUCCUUCGAAUGAUGAUUCUGGAUCAGAGACUGGCUCGAGCGAAUCGUACUCAGAUAGUACUGAUAGCGUGGAAAGUGUGAAAAGCAUCAAAAACAUUCGAUAAGUUAUUAAUAAUGAUAUUGUAUGUAUAUUUUUAUAUGAUAUAAGAACUUGAAAUUUUUUUGAAUAUAUAUCUAUUUAUCUAUUUAAGUACCUUUAAUAAACAGGGUGUUAC